AUGGAUCCUCGAUUCGGCACCAGGAACAGCUUUUCCAGCACAGUGAUCCUAUACUCGUCUGUCUCGCCGAAUCAGACCACGGCCGAAGCGAUUCUGAUAUUAAAUUACAUAGUGGGCGUGGAAGCCAUGAGAGGCAGUCAAGCAAGACGUGCCCUGAUCCGUGCAAUUUCCAGGGAUUCGAAACGUUCUCCAAUCACCUGA